AUGCACUGUGGAAUACUUGUCGUCUUAGUAGCCUUCUUCCUGACACUAGUUGGGCCAUGUCAGCCGCUGGAUAAUGGUUUGGCAAGAACACCCCCAAUGGGCUGGAUAGCCUGGGAACGCUUCAGGUGCACGACAGAUUGCAACUCAUACCCUGACCACUGUAUUAGUGAAGAAUUGUUUAAGGUGAUGGCAGACAAGCUAGUAGAAGAUGGCUGGAAAGACCUGGGAUAUAAAUACGUAAACAUUGAUGAUUGCUGGUCAGCCAUGGUGAGAGAUGUCAAUGGGAAGCUUCAACCAGAUCCAGAACGAUUCCCAAGUGGUAUUAAAGGACUGGCUGAUUAUGUUCAUUCUAAAGGGUUGAAGCUUGGGAUUUAUGGAGACUUGGGUCACUCAACCUGUGGUGGGUAUCUUGGUACCUUACUGGAGACAGUUGACGUUGAUGCGAAGACAUUUGCAGAAUGGGAAGUAGACAUGCUGAAGCUCGAUGGCUGCAACUCCAACUCCACUGAAAGAUCAAUAGGUUAUCCAAAGAUGAGCCAUGCUCUCAAUGCUACAGGGAGACAAAUUGUCUAUUCUUGUAGCUGGCCAGCUUAUGAAGAUGGUUUACCACCAAAGGUGAAUUACACUCUAAUUGGUGAACUCUGCAACCUUUGGAGAAAUUAUGAUGAUAUCAAUGACUCAUGGAGUAAAGUGUUAGCGAUUAUAAAUUGGUUUGGAGAUCACCAGGAAGAUUUGCAGCCAGCAGCAGGUCCAGGAAGAUGGAAUGAUCCAGAUAUGUUAAUAGUUGGUAACUUUGGCCUGAAUCAAGACCAGUCUAAAGCACAACUGGCAAUCUGGGCAAUAUUGGCGGCACCUUUUUUUAUGUCUAAUGAUCUUCGUACAAUCUCUGCUGAUGCCAAGUCACUUCUGCAAAACAAGUUGCUUAUCCAUAUAGACCAGGACAAGCUAGGACAACAGGGUGUUAGAAUUAAGAAGGAUGAAGAUUUCCAACUCUGGAAGAGGAAGCUCUCUCAUGGACAAUUUGCUCUGGCCUACCUCAACACAGCGGAACUAGGUGAAGCUAAGUCUUUCACACUGAGCUUGCCUCCUCUGCGUAUUGAGGGCUGUUCUCAUGGAUACAAUAUUUAUGAUGUUUUUGACAAGAAGCUUGUCGCUUUUCUUACUUCAAACCAUACCCACAGUUUUAGAGUCAAUCCAACAAGUGUUGUUCUUUUCUUUGUUCGACCCAUUUGUUAA